CGGCAGCUGGCUUGGUGCUCCUCUCAGCUGUCAACCAUGGCCCGGGGACUGCCCAGCACCGCCAGACUGGCGCACUUUUGCCAGAAGCUGAACCGGCUGAAGACACUGGAGGAGCCCACCAUGGAGAAGUCGCUGCGGCGCCACCUGACCACACUGGAACUGACCCUGCUGGGUGUGGGUGCCACGGUGGGCGUGGGCCUCUAUGUGCUCAUGGGAACUGUGGCUCAGGAGAUGGCUGGCCCUGCAGUGAUUGUGUCCUUCAGCGUGGCUGCCGUGGCCUCCCUGCUGGCAGCCUUGUGUUACGUGGAGUUUGAGGCACGUGUGCCCUGCACGGACUCUCCCUACCUCUGCACCUAUGUGUCCAUGGGUGAGCUGUGGGCCUUCCUCGUUGGCUGGAUUGUGCUUCUCCAGUGUCUCAUCAGUGGAGCUGCCAUGGCCCGCUCCUGGAGCCACAACCUAGACGCCAUCUUCAGCCACAACAUCCGCAGCUUCACUGAGGCCCAUGUCGGCAUCUGGCAGGUGCCCUUCCUGGCCCAGUACCCAGACUUCUUGGCUGCUGUCAUCAUACUUGUUGCUUCUGGAUAUGUCUCCUCUGGAGUCCGCAUCUCUUCUUGGGUCAAUCACACCUUCUCUGCCAUCAGCCUUGUCAUCAUCCUCUUCAUCAUCAUCCUGGGAUUUGUCCUGGCCCGCCCGCACAACUGGAGUGCUGAGGAGGGCGGCUUUGCGCCCUUUGGUUUCACCGGCAUCAUGACUGGUGCCGCCAUCUGCUUCUAUGCCUUCGUGGGCUUUGGCGCUAUUGCUGCCUCCAGUGUUGAGGCCCGGAACCCAAAGCGAGCAGUGCUUAAGGCCACUGCCAUCUCUCUUGUCCUGGUGGCUGGCACCUACAUCCUGGUCUCCACAGUCCUCACCCUCAUGGUGCCCUGGCACAGCCUGGACCCUUACUGGGCACUCGCUGAUGCCUUCCACCAGCGGGGCUAUAGCUGGGCGGGCUUCAUUGUGGCGGCUGGCUCCAUCUGCGCCAUCAACACUGUCCUGCUCAACAUCUUCUUGUUCUUGCAACGCAUGGUCUGUGCCAUGGCUGCCGACGGGCUCUUAUUCCAGGUGUUUGCCCACGUGCACCCCCGGACCCAGGUGCCUGUGGUGGGCAUCAUGGUGCUUGGGGUCCUCAUGGCUUUCCUGGCACUGCUGCUGGACUUCAAGGCACUGGUACACUUCCUCUCCAUUGGGACGCUGCUGGAAUGUACUGUUUUGCCCACCAGCAUUAUCAUUAUACGCUUCCGAAAGGCCCCAUCCGGUUCUCAGGACCCAGACAGCCCUGAGGGCACAGAGCAGGCUUCACCUGAGCCCGGGCAGCUGCGAUCAGCCCUGAGGCCCUACCUCCGCUUCCUGGGUGGGUGCAGACCCGGAGCCGCUGUGGCUUGGGCCCUCGGUGUCCUGGUGGGCUCGGCCAUCACCCUGGACUGUGUGCUGGUCUUUGGGGACUCGGCCCUGAACCUCCCGCCCUGGGGCUACACCCUGCUGCUCCUGCUCAGCUCCGCCACGUUUCUGCUCAGUCUCCUCGUCCUGGGGGCCCACCAGCAACAGCGCCGGCAGGACACCUUUCAGGUUCCCAUGGUGCCCCUGAUUCCCGCCGUGAGCAUCCUCCUCAACGUCUUCCUCAUGCUGCACCUGAGCUACCUGACCUGGCUGGGCUUGUCCAUCUGUCUGCUUCUCGGACUCGCAGUGUAUUUUGGCUACGGCAUCUGGCACAGCAAGGAGAACCAGCGGAAACGGCCAGGGUUGGCUGUCCCACUCGGCAGCCUGGAGGAGAUGGUGCCAGCCCUGCAGCCCCCUAGCCAGACGCCAGCGCAGGAGCCCAGCCACACAGAGCAGCCCUCUAGUCCAUGAGGACCACUGGGGCCUGCCUGCUGUCCCCCACCUCCUCAGAGGCCAAAGGAGCUGCCAGCCCCUCUAUCCAGGGCAGCUUGGGUUUGCAGACCUGCCCAUGCUAGGGCAUCCUCAGGACCUUAGGACCUCAGCCCAGGUGCUGAGCUUCGAGUCUUUGGGAGUGGGCUAUGGCCAGCACUGCUGUGGUGAACUCUGCCCAGCAUCCUCCAGUUUAUGACCAAGUCCAGCUACCUGGGCAGGUGGAGUAGGGCGGGCAGGGAAGAGGCCCGAACCCCAAGGAUCCACAAUAAUAACUGCUCAGCCAUGUGGCCCAUCUCCAUGUCUACUGUGGAGUUCUUUGUGGCACUGACUCCUCACCUGCCCCAGGGAAAGAGACAGUUGUCCCCAAUCCACAGCAAAGGUGCAGAGGUUCUGUAAGGGGGAGGUGCCAGCCCUGGGACAGUCUUGAGUCAGGGACACAGCCAGGCCUUGGUCCCUGUGUCCUGCCCUCAGGCCAGUCCCCUCUGCCAAGCUCAGAGGGGUGCUACACACACCAGACAGAGAGAGAGGUCCAUGACAGGACAGGGCUAAGCUCCCUUCCAGGUUCCCCACAUGUCCUCUUGGAGAUGGAUGCUGAGAGCAGAGCCUGGAUCCCAAGGUGGUCACCUAGAAAGGGUAGUGCAGUUCCAGGGUCCCCUCGGUUUCUCAGGGCUCCCAGAGAGCAGGGCAAUCCUGAGGCCUGCCCUGGAUGGAGAGGCCCCCUGCCUGGGCACACGCACAGGCACACACAGCCCACACGGUCCUCUGGGCGUGCACCCACGUGCAGACUGAGGCAGCAGCUGUUUCCCAGCCCAGGGCUGCCUGCAGCUUCCAGCUGCCUCUCUCCCUGCCGCCCCCUCAGGGCUUUGUGACAAAGGCUCGGGAUGGGACACACGUGGGCAGUUGGGUGCACAAGCACCUGGGCCUGCUCCAGGUAACUUCAGCCCACCUGUGGUGUUGGGGCCUCAUGCUUGGGGAUCUCCAGGCCCACGCUGCACCCCCUGUGGCCUCCCCAAGGCCACGCUCCAUCUACCAUAGACGCCUCCCCAUCCCCGUUCCUGCCUGUGAGGACCACACAGGAAGCCACUGGCUUUGGCAUCUUUAUUCCUCAACUCUCUGCAGCCUUAACAUCACUUUCUCUGGGCCCCAAGGACAAGCAAGGACACAUGACCCCACUCCAAUAACCAGGCCUCAGGGCCGUGAUCUCUCUCCCCGGCCCUUCUGACCCUGCCUCCCAUGGACACUGCCCUGGGGGUGAGAGGCAGCAGGGACCCCAAGGCUUUGCUGAGGCUCCAGGUACCAGAUGAUUCCAGAUCCUGCCCAGCCUGAGCCCCAGGCCUCCCCU